GGUCGCACCGAGGAGGGAGAACGAGAAGGAGGGGAACCGGAGAAACGGAGACAGCAGGCCCCGGCGGUACCGAUCACCGUGACGCCGACCGACCAACACCACCAACACCGACGGAGGGAGCAGCUAGGCCCGCGAGCUGACACAAAGGAGGACGGACGGAUGGAUGGAGCGUUUAGGACCUGUCUCGCUCCACCAGCCAGUGCGACUGCUACAGCUGCAGUAGUGUUUAUGUGAAGCUGCAUUAGGUGUUGUCUAAUUGAUAAACGCUGGCCUUCACAGCAGGUUUAAUCAGUGAGGAGUGGUAGGAGUUCUUCAAACAGCAGCUUUGGGGACACUCUGAGUGCAUAUUGGUGCUAACCGCCUCUAACGAUAGCCUUAGCCCAUGAGCUUGUUAGCAUGACUGUUGCAGGGGCAUCUGGGGCCGCAGUGCUUCUACGGCCCUUGAGCCGUGCCUGAAUACGUCUUUGUAAUCUCGCCGAGUUAUGAGCUCAGCAUUUCCUCAUCAGAGGACCCUCGUUGACACUGCCAGGCUAGCUUCUGUUUUACUGUGAAAUCCUCUUAGCUUCAAUGCAAACCAGACGCAGAGAUUCAACGAGAGCAUAAAUCGUUUUGAAAAUGUAGUGAGAGCACCGCCGAGGUCCAGAGUUCUGCAGCUGACGGCUCGUUAGCUGCUAGCGGCUGCGAGGAACAGGUAGCGGUGGCGCGGGGCUAGCUCCGGGUAGAGCAGGGGUGCGAUGGAGUACCACUCCGGUGGCAGCCUGCCCCUGCUGGGGAGACCGCGGUACUGUCCGGGAGCCAACGCUAAUGGAGGGUACCUGUGCGAGACGGGACACUGUUGUGGAGAGACCGGAUGCUGUACCUACUACUACGAACUCUGGUGGUUCUGGCUUCUGUGGACGGUCCUCAUCCUGUUCAGCUGCUGCUGCGCCUACCGACAUCGGCGAGCCAAACUGAGAGUUCAGCAGCAGCAGAGACAGCGAGAGAUCAGCCUGCUGGCUUAUCACGGAGCCAGCUCCUACCCCUCCUCUAUGCUGGACCUCAGUUUUCUGGCAUCUCUGAAGCUGCCAUCCUACGAGGAGGUGGCAGCUCAACCCUCCACCCCCCCUCCACCCUACAGCUCAGUGUUUACCACCCCACGCUACCCACAACCCCCCCGCGCGACGGACCCCCACCUGCUCACGCAGCAUGGCCCACUGCUGCACCAGACGCUCAGUGAUGGUCCGUCUUCGCUCAGCUCAGACAACAGCUCCAGUUGUUCCUGUGACUCCUGCUGCCCCUCCUCACCUUGUAGCUCCUCCUUAUCUGCACCUGUCACGUAUGAGACUGAUACAAGCCACGCCACCACACCCAGUGAGGUGACACCCUUCACGCUCGAUGUCACAAUGGAGACUAUUGCUGCUGCCGCAAACUGUUUGGAGGUGAAUCGGACACGAUAUGAGUCUGAGAGGACUGCUGCCGCUGUGGCCAUCGACAUCGGCGAUGAAGUUGCUUCCAGGGUACAGGAACCAGUUGCCACAGACUCAUCAGCUCCCAACCAGACUGUUACUGUGGCGCUUGUUACCAAGGCUGCCUCCCCUACUCCUCUGCCCUCUCCUGGAUCCGAGGUGGCUCUUCCAGCUGAAACUUCAUCUCCCAUAAAGCUAGACCUAGAAACCUGUCCCUCAAUAGUUAGCGAAUGUAGCUCAAGUACGCUCCCUAGUCCAAGCGUUGACACAACACGCACCUCCAACCUAACCAUAAGCAUUGUGAACAUCCCUACAACAACCCAUUCACCUAAAACCAACUUAAUGCCAGACCCCGCUACCAUGACAGCUUAUAAUUCUGACAUCAGUGCAGUCACUGAACCCCUAAAAACCCUUGAUCUAACAAGAACUUUUGAUACAGCCAAUGUUCCAAGUAGCCCAAGUCCUGCACCUUCCCCUGAUGAAGGAAAAAUAUCAGCCCUAAUGAUAGGCUCUCCUGGCCUCCAAACCCAAGACCCACAUCCUAGCCUUGUGGCGAUUCCAGCACCUACAAUCCCUACACAAGUUCAAGCCCCUGAACCUUCGAUCCAUACUCAAGCUUCAAGCCCAGUACUUACUAACAAUAUUCAAUCUACAAGCACAGUACCCAAAAAACCUACCCAAACUUCAAUCCCAGUAUCUGCAAACCUUACCCAAGACCCAGAUGUAGUACCAACAAACUUUAUUGAAGAUUCAAACCCGUUAACUUCAAACCCAGCACAAGUUCCAGUUCCAGAGCCUUCAAUUCUUACCCAAAUGUCAGUCCCAGUAUCCACACACCUUACAAACCUUGCCCUGGAUUCAAAUCUAGAAUCAACAAUCCAUUCCCCAGUUUCAGACCAAGUACCAACAGUUACCCAGGCUCCUUCAAAAUCUACCCUAGUGCCAAAUUUACCUCUUGAAAUCCCUGUAGUUCUAGACUGUGAACCUAUUCUAACUCCAGACCUUGCACAUCAAAACUUAGCCUCAGAUGCAGCUCCCACUUCUCCAACAUCAACCCACUGCCAGGUUCCAGAACUGUCAACUGGGUCAAGCCUAGCUUUGAGUAUCAUAAGCCCAAGGUCAGACCAGCCCCAGCAUCCAGGACCUGUUGCUGUUCUUGUAUCUCAUCAAGAUCCAACCGCAGUGCCAGCCAGUUCAGGCCCUUCUCUAGUUUUGCCUCUGUCGUCAGAUUCUGACCUCGUCCAUCGCUCAGCAUCAAGUGUCCAGGCGGGUGUAAGGACUGGAUCUGGUUCUAAUGUCAGCAGACCAACAGAAGACACCUCCUGCUCCUCCUGCCCAGCCAUAACCAUAGAACCUGAAGUUUCCUACACCCUGUCUCAAUCUCCCCUGACAGUCCUUUCUCCAUCCUCCCCCUCACCCCAGUCCCUGCCUUCUCCCCCUUUCUUCCCUUCUGUUCCAGCCCUGUCUCCAAACUCUCCCUCAGCCCCAGCCUUAUUCCUGGACCCCCUAACCGCUCUGCACCAGUCAAACAAAGGUGGAUCGUCCUCUGGCCAUGCCUCCUCCCUCUCCCCCUCGCCACGUGCCACUCAGUCACCUCCCAAACAGACUCUCUUCUCCCCCUGCGUGGACAUCUUCGAACCAGAACCCAGCUGGGAAGACGGGGACGAGGAAGAUCAGGAGGACAACGAUGACGACGAAGACGAGGAUAUCGGAGCAGAUGAGAGCCAGUACAGACAUCGGCGGCUCACUGGUGACUCUGGGAUCGAGGUGUGCAGGUGUCGAAUGGAGGAGGAGGAAGAGGAGGAGGAAGAGGAGAAGGGGGAAAGGACGGAGGACGGCAGGAGAGCAGGAGGAGGGGAGAGAGAUAAAAAAGGAGUUGGAAGCACUAAUCUCCAUGACAGUGUGGACUGCCCUGCCAGAAGUCAAAUAACCACAGAAGAAGAUGGUUUACUUUGCAACCCAACCUCCACCACCACAUCAACAUCUGAGGACAGUGGCAAAGCUGUUGUUGUCAUGGAGACAGUGUGAUCGACUGGAGUAGGUGGAUCAACCCUUGGUUGCCCAAAUAUUGGGGGAACUAUAAAGACUAUUGGAAUCCACUGAUCAACACUGUUUUAAGUUGUUUGGAAACUUGGAGAGUGUUUAACACCAACAAUGGUACUUAAGGUUGAGUUUGGUCACUAUGAUAAAUGUCGGUUGUUCAAGUGACUAGCAUAGAUGUUUGAUGUUUACUAGGAACAGAUUCAGUAGGUUAGCAUUUGGUCGUUACAAAAUUUUCUUCAACUGGGAGUUGGAAUUUACAUCGGCUGUUGUUUGAUUGGUUUAACCACAAGAGUGAUGCUCUUUUUUGAGGACAGGCAGACUGCGCCAUGGGUUAAUUCAACUCAGACCGCUAGAGCAUAAUAGUGGUGUUGUCACUGGUAUUCAAAAUAUCAAAGACCACCCCCCCACCCACUCACCAGUUAAAAUGCCUUCACCUUCAUGCUAAAACUUUACCAGAAGGACCUUGCUAAGGGGACUUGCACUUUGUCUUUAGUUUAAUGUGGUCAUGUCCAUCAGAGUAGCAGUAGAAGGUGGUGAAUUUUGUUGUCGAAAUCAGCGUGAUAACAACGUACCUAGGUUUCCCUCAUCUUUCAGAGAAAGCUGUGCUAAUAAACAGUCAGUCAAAGUUGCAAAUACUGUAGGGUUGUGCAGUAACGAGUCCCAAACCCCAGAAUUGAGUUAGCAGUUUAGAACUUGUGGGUCCAUCCUCCUAAAGUCUUUGGGAUUUUGAAUGGGUUUCUGGUUACUUGUCUGAAAUAAGGUCCCAUAUGUUUGUCUUCAUUUUGAAGUGCCCCACUUCUGGAUUCAGAGCUUCUUCACAUCUUUGCCGACAGAUAGCUAAACAGGACUACAAAGUUUGUCCAUGACAUUGAACGUCAGCAUCCUAAAUGUUGAUUAAUCUACUAGUUUGCCUUUCAUGUGACACAUGUUUUGAGCUAAAACCAGCUAAACUAAAAAAACAAAAACACUGGUGAGGACCCCUAGCGGAUCAAAAUAAUUUUCUUUAUUAGCCGCUUUAAAAAAUGCUCUGCAUUUCGGGGGAUUUUCCCUGCAGGGAGGCGGUUUUCAGGGUAGUUACCCCGCGGCGGUGUGUAACCAGCUUUGGAGUUUUAACCUUAGAAGCAUGUUUUUGUUCUGUUGGAGGAUGACGCAGAACCCAUUUGUAGAAAACAUGGAAACUCCAUACAGAAAGGCCCUGUCUGAGCAGGAUUUAGAUUAGGAACAGAGCUGACCCCUUCAUGGCCUUGCAGCCCACCAAAAUCAAAUGAAAAUUAAGAUUAAUCUAAAAAAAUAUAUUUUUCAAAUUUAAACUUUGAAAUGCACAAGUACCAGAAACGGCUAAAAAGACUGAUGGAAACAUGAACUAGAACUUUGAAAAGGAGUAAUAAGAAAAUUUGAUAGAUAUCUAUAGGGUUUACCUACCUAUUUUACAAAUACAUAUCCAUCUUGAGUGGUAGGACGACGUUGACACAGAGAAGUCAAAGCGGUGGGACUCUUUCCCAAAUGUCCAAACGGGUGCUUCUGCCCCUGAUAGAGAUGACGUGUAAAUUCCUACACUUGAGCGACUUUAAAUAGCCGACGUUUAGCCGAGGACACCUCACUUGUCCUGGGAGAUGACGAAGGUUUGGAAACGUGCCGGGACAAUUUGGCUGUUUUGGAAAAUAAGUGUCUUAUGUAGGAGGAUGAUUCACAGUGUGACUGACAGAGGGAAGACUGAUUCAUUGAUUAGCUGAAAAGUAUUCAUGAAGAAGUCUGUCAGGAGAGCGGAAUGAAGUGGGUAGUUUAUGAAAAAGGAGAAAUUUCUCGGAUCUGAUGCUCGCACGGCGACUUGAUCCUAUAUGGAAGAUUUCAAAGAGGGCGAAACGUUCGGUUUUCUGUGCGUCAGCUUUUCAGAAGAGAAAAGCUUUUGCAUGAACCAGAAUCAACAAUGGGCGCUUUUAGACAGAAACAAAGCGGCAAACAGAGAUGAGAACACGUCAUCUUUCCUGUCUUUGUGUCUUUCUCUGAAUUCGAGGUCGGGUAAAACAAUACAUUGAGGACAGAAUUUAUUCAGUCCCAGUUUAAACACAGGAUUUUCUUCGAGAAUCCAGAACAUGCUCAUGAAUGUUGACCCGAUGGACAAAAAAAUCUCUGUUGAAGAGUUGGAAAACACUAAUUCAGGAGGUUGUAAUAUAUUGAUGUUUAUGUCCUUUCAGAUUCAUAGACGAGUCGAUAUUUUGAGAUAAAAAGACAAAGGUAAACUAUAUUUUGUCAAUGGCAGAGUUAUUAACAUAAGUGUAAUAAUAUAUGGUGAUAAAGUUAGCAAUUAGCAAUAUUUUUCAACAGAAGGGCCCCUGUGAAUAAAUACCCUGUCCAGAAAAAAGCCUGGAUAGAGAAAGACACUGACUUUCGAAUGAAAAAUACUUAAAUUUUUGUUUGUUUAAGCUUGUCUGGUGUGUAACAGACAAAUGAAUUCUUACCCACAAUUUCCACAAGGUCCAUGUGCGCAGGGUCCAAUACAUGCCAUAAAGUGCGCAGCGUGGCUGGAGCUGCACAGAUGGACUAUGUGGACAUUGGGGGUUUUACACUUUAAGUUAUGCCAUUACUGAUCCCAAGACAUUUAUUUUACUGUUUUGUCUAAAUCCUUCUUCAAUAAUGAAGAAGGCCUCUCUUUGUUGAGGCAGGGUGCUCCCCUUAUAACUGGAACACAAGUCAGAUUGUAAAAGCGGGAUCUCUUUGAUUUUCCCUCAACUUGUCCUAUACCUAAUCCUUAAAAGUGCACUUGUUUUUCUUUGCUGUUACUGUGAGCUUUGUUAGCAAGUUUCACAACUGCGUGUUGUUCCAAACUUAGUGUUGGAGUUAAAUUUGACCCAUUUGAAGACAAGAGAGUGCAGGGACAUCAGAUUGUACUCAAACCAGAACUCCAAAGUAAGACCCAGGAGACUGAAGGUUGGAGAAAGUAAUGCUCUAAGGUUUCUGUGAACGUAUGGCGACCACUGAGGACCAGGGAACUGGUCAUGGGACAACUUUCUCCUUUACGGAUAACUUUAAGUCAGCCGUCUCCAAUGAGAACACCUCGAGUCUGGUUGAUUGACCCUUGUACCUUGUGUCAAUGCUGCAUUACAACAUGGACUUCAUGUACUUGUUUACCCAUUCUUACAGCAGAUGAGGGGUAUGGAGGAUGCCCAAUGGGGACAGAACUAUGUUGCACACCAUUAUGACAAAAGCAAUGUCCAGACAUGGAAAGGACAUGUUUGACUACAGUUUCAGCAAAGGAAUGGACGGAUUGUUACCACGAGUCUUGACCGUCAGUUUGGAAACCAGUUUUCCAAGAUUUAAGUCGUACAUGAACAGUUAAUCAAAUCUUUUAUUUUCACACCUUUUUGGUUGCUUUCACAUAUCAUGGAAUCCAGUUUGAGCAGAUGUGGACUGAGGAGAGCUCCAACUCCUUCUCUGGUGGCAUCUUGGAUUUGUUCCAUACCUUAAAAGAUGACUGCUUUGACUGAAUCCAGGCCAGCGUUGCUUCUGUUGACUAAGAUUUUGUAGAGGCUGAAGGACCUCCUCGAAAACGCUCAAGGGUGACACCGAUCCGUUGAUGUUGUGGUUGAUGGUGUUUUUUUGUUUACCUUAACUAAUAGGGUUGUAUAUCUUCAUGGUUACAGAGUGCCAUUUCUACUUGACAACUGUUACAACUUAGCAUUAGAUAGAGCUGUUCUCGCUCUGUGUGGAUGUGGACUUUUGACCAGAGUGACUGUGGAAAUGUUGUCUCAAAUCUAUCUGUAACUGGUGUUCACAAAUACUUUGCAGCCCUGACAUCAGCCACAUGAAAGGGACGUUGCAACCUUGUGUUAGGUCAAAUUCUUCUAUCUCCUUAGUACUACUGUCAAACACAGUACCCAUUAUGUACUCCAUACUGGGUUCAACAGUAGUAUGCAGUUCAGCUGCCAGUCAGUCAUUAUUCUGCAGCGGCCUGGCUUUGCUUAGUUUCAAUCUUGGAAAAUGGACGUACAUAAUUCACUUAUUUAAAUCCCUGAAUUACUCUGAGGAUGAACCCUUAUUUACAACAGUGCCAAGGUUCAGACAACAAUAAAACUUAUUUACAAGCAAAACCAUCAAAGAAGGCUAUGGCUAGCAGUAAAAAGUGGGCAAGAAAGGAACAACGAAAGUCCCUGUGUUAAGAGUUGUGGACAAUACAAUUUUAUAUCUAAAAUUAAAAAGCGUUGAGAAAGUGAAAAAAAGGCAGCAUAUUAAAAGCAGUGACAGCUAAAACAGUGGUUCUCUAAUGGUCUGGGGUCAGGUCAGGUAGGGGUGCGUAUGAUGGGUCGGCACUUUGCCCUGUCAACCUUGGCCCUGUGCUGCUCUGGCCUCCUGAUAGCCAUCAUUCAGGCCCAUGCCCUGUCUUCCCAGCUGACCCCUCCAUGGCGCAUGCAGCCACCCCUGAGGUCUGGUCAAACCCAAGGGAUACUGGGCACUCAGGCCUGGGAAAGCAUGUCAGGUUCCCAUAGAAGCACAGCUGCCACUCUCGUACCAUGCAGCUGAUCCUUUCCACCCCCACUCCUAUAAGCACAGCAGCGUCAGACACAGGGUCUUGCCAAUGAUAACCAAAAAUGCACCAAAGGGAAGUCGUUAUAUAGAAGUCCAGUUGGCGCCUUUUACCAUCAGUCAGUAUCCAGGCCUCACAACAGAAUUGUAAGACUGGGAUGACCAAGGACUGAAUGUCAGGGGUAAGGACCCACCAAAACUUCAUUUAUUUUUUUUUCAGCCAAUCAGAAUAGAAUAGUUGGACCUCAAACAGUACAAAAUGUGGUAGAACACAACAAACAAACUGAGCUUUAUAGACUUAUGACCCUUUUUCCAAAACAUACGUGUGACCCACUGAAAAAAGCGCUGUGACUUUUGGUUUCUGGCCAACCUGUCCAUUUAUUAUCUAUAUUGUUUACCCCAUUCCGGGUCAUCAAUUCCAGCUGCUAUUGGGUGAGAGGCUGGCUACACCCUGGACUGGGGCCAGUCAGUGGCUGGGCUGACCUAUGUGCAAUUUGGAGAAACCACUUAACCUAACAAGCAUUGUUUAUAGUCUGUGGGAGGAAGCCUGGAGAUCGGAUGUAUGCACAGGGAGAACAUGCUAACCCCACUUAGAAAAAAGCCCUGACCAACUGAGAUCAUAACCAGGAACCUUCCUGUUGUGAAGCAGAAGCGCUAGCCCCUGCACAACUGUUGAGCACCACUGGUUUAAAAUCAACGAAGUCAGCAAUUAAAAUACUAGCAGUGGAAGGCCAUUGUAGCAAUUCAAAGAAAGUCAGUUCACCGGUACUUGAUUCACCUAACUCUGCUGUAAAUGAGAUUGAUGCUAAUGCUAAUAAUGCUAAUGCUAAAGAUACACACAAGCUGGGUUUCCAUUACACUUGGAACUGCGCAAAAGCUAAAUAGCGCAAUAAAAACUGGUAAUGGAAACACUUGAAUUUCAAAAAAACCCUAAAGUAUCACUAAAAAGCUUUUACGCUUCCAUGAGGAGGUUUUCCGGGUGUUUCGAUAUAGAAAUAUAUCGCAAAAGUGCAAUGGAAACCGUUUUUCUGCAUUUACAAGUCACGGGACGUGACGUACGGUGUCACAUGACCGGUCACUCCGAGACAAC